UCUGGAGAAACGCUACCGUAGCACGCGACCCAUCCGCGAAGCCCACUGAAUGGGCAGUUGCCGUUUGUUCCUCGUGCCGUCUGGUCGCGCGGAUUGGUUGCGAAUUCCGAGGCGCGCGCGGGAAUAGAACUGUGAGUUCCCACCAGGAUUGCUGCUGGUAGCACCUGUACGUGUGCGCGUGUGCGUGUGUGUGCGCGCGUCGUGUGUCGUUUGUCUGUGUGGUCCUCCGGUCUUACAACUCCACUCUACGUCGUUAGUUUCCUGGUUCCGCGGGAAGACGCCGGACAGAGGGCCACACGAGAGAGUUGAUUGAACCGACCCCCCAAAGCUGCAGUGUGGGAGGUCAUUUCCACCGAAAUUUCCGCAGUGUGUCACGGGAUGGAAGUGAUUUUUUCCUGGAGAAAAUUGCGCUAGAUUAAGUUCUGGGGAAACGAAUAAUGUGAACGAGGGAACAGAAUAAAUGAGUGCGAAAACAAGUACGAGAUGAAGCCGAGGAAAUCUGAUAGUAUUACUAGUGUAUAUGUUUUCAUUCGAAUUAUUUGAAGCGGAAAAAUGCUGACGAGCUUGGUGGGGCGAGUUUUGGUUAAGUAUUAGCGAAAAUAGAAAUAAAUAAAACAGCAGCUGUGCAACGAUCACAGCAGGAAAAAUAUAAAAGUGUUCUGAACGGAGCUGAUAAAAUACCCAUUAAAAGUUGCGGCUUCAGCUAGAGUGGCAGAAAGAGAUGCAAGUAAUGCAGUUGGUGAGAUGAAAGCAAAAGUUCUCCGAAGUGCAAUGGCGGUGAAUUCGGUAGCCAAAUGAAUGAGCAUGACCAUAGCUAUAGUGCUUCAGGGCAUCGUAAAUUAUCCGAAACAGUGUGAAACGUGAGUUCUGAAUAUAUUGUGGAACUUGAAACCAACGUUUGCCAACAAGAGAAGAUCGACCCACACUCGAACAAAAGAUUUCCCAGCGCCCAGAUGCAACCCUCACGCCGCCAACACGCUGCGGCAAUGGAAUAGAACUUCCGGAAGCGUGCGAAAUUAUGCCCUCGACGAGUGGAGCUUAGAAGAAACCCCCCACAUUCCAAGCUAAAGAGUUUCCCGGAGACGACGUCGACGACGACGACGAAGGCAGAGCCGCAUAAGAAUUGAAGGCUUACCCGAAGGUGCCAGAAUUCACGCUUCCUGCGUUCCUUUUCCGUGUGGCGCCCGAUUUCCGCCCCGCUCCGUUGCAGAAAACGUGACGCAAGAGAUUCCCGCCGGAAGAGAGCGUGAAAGCCGGGCGUUCCGUAGAGGGUGACCAGGUGCGCGCCGUGGAGUGGAGCGCGAAAGUACACAUAAUUGGAAUCUAAACAAUCGUUCCGACGACGUGCUCUGACCCCCCGUGCCUCCACUCCCCGACCCUUGCGUGCGCUUCGGAUGCCGGUGGGAAGAUUGAAGUGUUUUUCUCUUUCUCUCCGGGGCCGGAAGGGUGAAAGCUUUUCACGUGCCUAGUGGUGAACAUAGUUUGUGAGUGAAUAUAUGUGCUUCGUUUUAUUGCUGUGAACGAAGAAGGUCUGUGACAUUGUGAAGCCGAGCAGUAUAAAAGAGAUGGGAAAAUUGAAACAAAGUGAAUAGUGUACGGUGAGAAUGUCAAGGUCGAUCACCUAAAAUGCGAUUCCAGUUGGGGAAUCAAUAAAGAAGAAGAGAGUGUCGCGAAAGGAAACGACCGUUUUCCUCCCCGUUCAAGCGAGCAAGCAAACAAUUUCCGGACGAUUAAGGACGAAAGCAGCACUCGGUGGGUGGUUUUGUAUGCGACGGUAUCAUACGAACUGAAGCGGGUUAAGCGAGUGUGUGGUCUAUUGUGAAUAAAGUGUAAGAGACAGGAGAUACGGUGAUUUUUUUUCCCCCAAGGGUUUGCUUGAAUGGCUGCCGCGGAACAACGCUUGCAGUGGUGGUGGCGAAGAUUCCAUCGUAAUCCAGUCAGCCAAAGCGGAAUCGGUCAGGAUCAAGCGCUGGCCGGGCUGUCGUCCAGAGCGCAAAAUGGCUAGACGACUCGGCUGGACGAAGGUGAGAUUUGUCGUCAAAACGAACGCAACCCUUGCUGCAGCUGCUGCACGCGUAAGAAAAAGAAAAGUCACCAGACCAAAACCGACCACAGCAGUCGGAAAGGCGCCACGAAGGAGCCGAAAACUCGGGAAGCAGUCGUUGUCUGUUCGCCGAUCGAAUCAAGAUGACCGGCAGCAACUAGCAUUUCGUGUUUGUCCAGUGAACAAUCAAAACUUCUAUAACAACAGUAUUCGGAGCAGACCGGUAGUGCCACAACUGCGAGUGCGACCGCCCUACUUACCGCUGGCAACACUGUCGCAUCAUCCGCCAGUACCACUAAUCGAGAAGGGGUGCAAAAGUCCCUCCUGUAGUCGACACGCUCGGCAUAAGCACAAAUAGAGGAAGGCCAUAGCCGUAGCCGUGUCUUCGUUAUAACGUUACUCAAUCAAGAAACGGAUACAAACAAACACAAAUCAGAACCAGAAAACCAGUGACAACAGCAGCAGCAGCAGCAGCAGAAUGAACGCAACCGAGUGCGACAGCCUGAUCACAUCGGUCGUGUGGACCGAGCCGAAGAAAAUCCUGCUGCUGGCCAUCCUCAUCUUCAUCGACGUGUUGGUCAUCGCCGGAAAUACGCUGGUGGUGGCCGCCGUCACUAGUUCGCAUAAGCUUAGGAGUGUUACCAAUUUUUUCAUCGUUAGUCUAGCCGUUGCCGAUUUGUUAGUUGGAUUAGCUGUAUUGCCGUUUUCGGCCACCUGGGAGGUGUUUAAGGUAUGGAUUUUCGGAGACGUGUGGUGCCGCGUAUGGCUGGCCGUCGAUGUCUGGAUGUGCACCGCCUCAAUACUGAAUCUGUGUGCAAUUUCCCUGGAUCGCUACGUGGCCGUCACGCGUCCCGUAACCUACCCGAGCAUCAUGUCUACCGGGCGGGCCAAGUCGCUCAUCGCCGGGCUGUGGGUGUUGUCCUUUGUGAUCUGCUUUCCGCCGCUGGUCGGGUGGAAGGAGCAGAAAGUGAAAGAGAACCUAAUAUAUCAGUAUGGAAAUCACACGCUGGUGUCGGUAACGCCGCCGCCAGCUAAUUCCUUAUCCUCAUUGUCGUCGUCGUCUUCAUCCUCAUACGUGUCAUCAUCAUCGUCAUCGUCGACCAUUAUUACCGCAAUUGGCGGCGGGGUGGAAGCGGGUCCGAAUCCGCCCUGUCCGUGGACCUGCGAGCUGACAAACGACGCCGGUUACGUCGUCUACUCGGCCCUCGGUUCCUUCUACAUACCGAUGUUCGUGAUGCUGUUCUUCUACUGGCGCAUUUAUCGGGCCGCCGAACGGACAACCCGUGCCAUCAAUCAGGGAUUUAGGACUACCAAAGGUGGUGGCAAGAAGAGCAAUAACUUCGACGACAGUCUGACGCUUCGGAUGCACCGCGGCAAGGGCGUCGGAGCCCUGAUGGCCUCGACCAUGCGCACACACAACAUGCUCAUCGAGGGCUCCGUCAAGACACCGACGGGGGGAGGAGGAGGACCCCCACUCGGUGGCACCCAAUCAUCAGCAUCCGCAUCAUCAUUCCACAAUCCCCAAAUCGCAAUCUCCUGUCCCAGUGGGAACACCUCCUCCCAUCAAAAUCUGACCAGUCCCACCGUGUCGCUCAACUCGUCGCUGCAGAUCAAUCUUCAGCAUCACCAGAAUCAACAGCAGCAGCACAACGGAGGUAACACGCGCCACCAAUCGUGUCGAGACUCGCGCCGGAAGUCCGUCUUCAAGGAAGCCCCCGCCGGCAUUUCGCGUGAUCUUUCGCCGAACUCCUCGAAGAAGCUCGGCAAGAAGCACCUGAAGGUGCAGGUCAAGCGGUUCCGGAUGGAAACCAAAGCCGCCAAAACGCUGGCCAUCAUCGUGGGUGGUUUCAUCAUCUGCUGGCUGCCAUUCUUCACGAUGUACCUGGCGCGGGCCUUUUGCGACGAUUGCAUCAACGAGACGCUCUUUUCGAUCCUCUUCUGGCUCGGGUACUGCAACUCGGCCGUCAAUCCGUUCAUCUACGCACUGUUUUCGCGAGACUUUCGGCAGGCCUUCAAGCGGAUCAUAAUGCGCUGCUUCUGCUGGAAGCGGUUCAAGCUUAAUCUGAUGAAGAAGUCGUCCACCACGCACCAGCACGCGAACAACCACAGCUACAGCCCGUCGGCCUUCACUCCGCUGGCGUCGACACCGCGAACCGAGCUGGGAAGUGCGGUAUUCAGAUGACGGUCCUUCAGCUCGCUGGAACCACCAGCGCCACCGUACGGGUAUGGGAAGAAGUAUGCGGGAAUGGCCGGCAUUGGGUUGUCUCGGUCUGUUUCGGUGAGAGCCGGUUCGUACAAUAUGGACAAUAUUUGUCAUCCGCUGGUGAUCCGUGAGUGCCGGAGUCAGACCGGUGCCGGUGAGUUGAGAGGCCAGCAGCGGACAAUCGCCGAAGAGGAGCAGCAAGCGAAGGAGGAAAAGGUGGGCGUGGCCGGGUCGGGAAGAGCAGGCAAAUCGAUGACGAGCUUGUAAGGGUUUGGGUGUGGAUGGGUUGGUGGUCAUAGGCUGGAUCGCGAAUGACUCACUGGGGGAUUCAUGUGGUAUGUUCACCAUUUUCGAGUGGUAAUUAAUGGAGUUAUCGGAGGUUGAUAUAAUUGGUUAUUGUUACCAAAGUCCAGUGUUGUGUUAGUGAUCAUUGUGAUAAGCAGUCAACGGCCAUCUUUUUUGUUGCUGGUGCCGAAUUUGAUCAUGUAGAUGCGAGACUAUUCUACACUGUAUUGUUCAGAGUAAAUUUGAAAUUUGUCUCAACAGAACCAACAAUCACAAUAGGAUUCAGCGAUAGACUAUACAUAUGAUCCUGCGAUGCUAAGUUGAUUCUACUUCAAUAUACAUGUUGUAUUCGAAACGCACUCACUGAAACUAAUGAAAACGACAUGAUGAAAUCGUUUGCAGUAGGCCGACAUGAGCAUUCAGUUACCGGCGGUGUAGUGGUAAGCAUAACUGCUGUUUCCUUCUACAGCUCUUCUUCCCACCUUUUUUUGGAGGAAGGUCUGGAAAAAUCCAUUUUGAUAAAAUGAAUCGGAUAAAACUUUCGAUUGAAUAGCUACGAAAGUCGUUCCGCAUUCGGAAAGAAACUUUUUGACGAUGAUAAGUGAUAUUUCAAUUUAAAUCGCCAACGAACCUUCAGAAAGAAAACGACUGCGAAAAAUAACAAUACAGGUGAAUUGAUAUUUCAGUAUGUCUAGAGAAUAUACCGAUUUAACUUCACCUCGACUGACUAAAAUGAAUUAAUCGAAAGUGAGCUGAAAAUGAAAAUGAAGUGAGAGGAACAAGCAAAACAAUCAUUUUCAUUUCUAAUGAUCAAAAAUGACAAGCUCUGUUUUGAAUUUUGUACAGCAUUUAGACUUUAGAUUCUAAAUAAGAAGACAUUCAUCUGGAAUUUUGAAUUUAUUUCUGUGUUCUUAUUUUUUCAUUUAAAAAUUGUAUUCUGGAUUUUAAUUCUUCGUACGGUGUUCAAACCAGGAAUCUGGAAUCUAGAUAUGCUUUUAUAUGAUUGAUACUUAUUGAACCGAAAACUUGUUUCAAUAGCUUAGAAAUAGUUCUGAAAACAAGAUAUUUAAAUCACACAAAUCCGUGUACAAGCUGGCGCCCACUCGGGAAUUCACUCGAAUCGGAAAUCCAUUUUGUUGUUUUUGCGAUAAGGAUGGUCACGCUCAUGCGCCUAUGCAUUAUGCUCUUCUCUCCCAAUUCCAUUUCUUUUCUGCAGUCGGACUAAACGGAGCCGCAUUGUUUGUGAAAGGCAGCAGUUUUAUUAUCGAAUGCUUCCCGAUGAAAUCUCUAAGAGUUAUGUGCUUGAUGCUUAUUGAUUGCUAAGCCAACGUUAGCCCUUCGUCCACCUUGCGGUUAUAUCACAGAUAUAACCCCCUUCCAGUUUUUGCCAACAGAAAUCAAGUUUUCGUUUCACUUUAUGUGGACGAUAAAAUGAGAUUUUAGACAUGGGCAACGAAGUACAUGUCGAGGUGGAGUAGUAGUCAAAUUAUUCAAGAGGCAGAUUUAUAUUCAUUCUCCACGCCAAUUGAAGCAAUCAUUUGCUUCAACUAGAAAUGAAUUGACAAACAUUAAGAGCGAAAUUAACUGACGAACGAGUCAUGUUUGGCAGCGAAUGCGUUCAUUGUGAUCCAAUAACAGAAGAGAGGAAGACGUUUAUGGAAGUGUACCAGCUCGAAACGAAGCGACUGGAAGGAAAGUUAAUCUUCAUGUUUCAUUUUCGAAAAGGUUGGACCCUGGUCUGGAGAUUUUAGGUUCAAAAUAUGUUCUGCAAUCUGAAUUUGUAAUAAAAUUCGGGAUGUCUAAUAUAAGUCUGAGUUCAAAAUACAAAUCUGUAGACCACAAACUUGGAUUCUGAUCAUGAGAUCUUCAUCUAGAAUAUGAAAUACGAAUAUGGGUGAAUAUGAAAUCUAAUUCUGAAAUCUGUUUCUGGAAGGUAAUUCUAAAAUUUAAAGGCUAAAAUAUAAAUUUGAAUUCACCCAAACUAACGUUGGCAGAAAGGAAAUCAUAUUUGACACACAAAAAAAAAUGCCUUUUUGCGUGUUAAAAGGUCAAGUGCACAAAUAAAAGCAGACCUGUCAUUCUCUCAGACUUGGAAUUACAACAAGAAAAAUAGCUGUUUUUUUCAUUAUUUUUACGUUCAAGUAAUGUAAUGAAUGAGGAUGUCAAAAUAUGUACUAAAUAUUUAUUUUGGGUGUACGAUCUUAGUCUAGAAUCUGAAGCUCAGAUUUUGAAUUCAGAUUCCGAAUUUGGAGUCCGUUUUUCCCAUUUAAAUCUUAUUUGAAUUUUGAAACUCGAAUCUGUGGCUCAAAUCUAGAAUCUGAAGUUUGGUUCUACAGUAAAAACCUGAAUUUUUGGCUCUGAGUUUGGAUUGUUUAGACAUCUUUAGCAUCUGUAGCUUGAAUUAAGGGUUCAAAUAUGUUUUGGAAUCAGAAUAAGGAAUAAAAUCGAAAUCUCCAGUCCAAAUCUGAAACCAAAACUCUUAAUCUGAGAUCUGACUCUGUAUAUUAAUCAUAGAAUCCGUAUCUUGAUUCUUGAGUCUGAAUCCGAAAUCUAACGAUGGAAUCUGCUUCUAAAUCUGCAAACCUAAAUCUGGAAAUCGAAUCUGAAAUCCUAAAAUAGAAUUUUCGAAUAUGAAUCUGAGAUAUAUUCAAUUUAAAAUCUAGAACAAACAAUUUAAAUCGGAAUCCGAAUUUUAAUCUGACGAUUGUGAAAUCGAAUUACGGAAUGUUUAUUAAACAUUUUGAAGUGUGCACAUUGAAUUUCAAUUUUAACAUUGGCUCUUCAAUCUUGAUUAUCAACACCAAAUAUGAAAUCGGAAUCAGCAGCCUCACGAUGGAAUGAGGAUUAGAAUCUAAAUUUGAGAUUUGACUCUGAAAUCUAUGAAAAAUCUGAAUUCUAAAUGUAAGAAGCUGUUUCUGGGCAAACAGUUUUCAAUUUAGAAUCCGUACUUGAGAUCUUGUGUUGUCACUGGAAUCUACAAUCAGAAUUUUGGCUCCAGAGCCUUGGAUCUGAAUUUCAGAGUGAAGAUUCUGGAAAUGGAAAAUGGAAUCUUGAUAUGAGAUUUUGACUCUGAAGACGGAAACUUUGAAUCUGAGAUUACGAAUCUGAAGUCCAGUUUUCGCUUAUAAAUAUGAAUUCAAGAUCCCAAAAUUGUAGCUCAAAUCUGAAGUCUGAAGCCGAAAUGCAAGCCGAAAUGCAAGCCGAAAUGCAAUAACACAUCAUCAUCAUAUAUAUUUACCUCGAUCAAUGCAUGGAGGUGGAAUAUGUGGAGAUGAAAUAUAAAUGCAGCCGAUUUUUGUAAUUUUCCUUAUAAAAUUCGAAUUGCCAGAGAACGACGCGUAAAUUUAGUGUUUCAUGUGAGCUCGGAGGAACCGGAUAACGGAAUUUUUAUUAUAAACUUCUAACCUGAAUUGGCGGUCCAAAUCAAGAAUCCUACCUUGUUGAUUGAAUCUUUAAUAUCAAUGCAAAAAAUUGUCUGUUGGUGAAAUUUGAAUAAGGUUUUUUUUAUCCGAGAUCCGAAUCUGGAAUCUUGAAACAAUCUGAUGUCUAAAUUAACGUUCUCAACCUGAAAUCGGAAUAUGUUUUUGAAUCUAAAUUUAGAAUCCGAACCUGAAAUCUUGUGUUGGCAUUGAACUCUGAAUCUGGAUUUUGAAUCCUGAAUAUGAUUGUAAAUUUGAAAUUUAAAAUUUGCGGCUAACUAUGGAAUCUGAAUAUUGGAGCAAAUAUUGAGAAAUCUGAGGUUUGGAUCGGAAAAUGAUAUCUUGAUUCUAAUCUGGAAUCCAGCCUUGAUUUAAUGAUCUGGUUUUUGGAUCCUGAGUCAUUUCCAUUCUUAAUUUGGACUAUGGCUCUGAACCUUGGAAUCUAGAAUCUCGUUUUGUAGUCUGAGACUGGAAUUUUCUGCAUUUAGAAUCUGAUUCUAGAAGCUAGUUGCAAUAUUUAAAUCCUGUUUUCGGAAUCUUCAAACUGGCAUUCUGAUUUGAAACCUGAACCUGUAAUUACAGUCUGAUUCUGAAGUUGGAGUUUGACUUUUAAGUCUCGUUUUCAAAAUCUUUACCUGGAUUUCAGUUAUAUAAAAAAAAGAACUGUUAUUUGUAGUUUAAAUUAGUAUCUGAGUAUCCAAAAACGUUGGACUUUUCGAUGUUGAUAAACAGAUAGAAAGUAGAAUAGAAAAUAUGAAUCUGAAUUUAGAAAUGUUAACCCUUUGCGGUCGGAACUAAUUUUCCUCGAGAGAGAUCCUCUUAUCUUUCCAUGCUAAUAAUAUUUUGUUUACACCGAGUACCGUUAUUCAAAGAAAAUCCGUGUACAUUCGUGAAAAAGUUCACUAGAUAUUGAAAUUUGUUUAGAAAAAAGUAAACUAUUACAUCGUGAAAUAAAGUAUUUAGUAUGAUUUAGUAGUAUGAUUUUAGUAUGCUAGGGAGGCUGAGGCCUGACAAAAGACCGCAAAGGGCUAGAUUUGGAAUUAGGAAUUCGUUGCAUUGAAUUCUGGAACUAGGCUUCGAAUCAGGAAUAAGGACAUAAAACUCAAAGCGUUACGAAAUAUGGAGCAAUGAGUAUUUAUCUGUAAUCAAUAUCUACAUCCAAAAUUAUUUUUAUCAAUUGUUUUGGCAUCUCGAUUUAUUACAUUAAAUGAGCCUAAAAACAACUGAAAAUGCGCUACUCCCCAAUUCCGGUAUAGCAUUUGCAUAAUAUAUAUCUUAUAGCAAUAUAGGAUCAAUAUGAGCGAGCGAAACAGGAGACACAUUGCAAAUAAGCACGCAUUAAAGCUUUUGUCAUAGUUUGUCAAAUAAACGGCCCAGACCGAAAAAAGUUAUAGAUUCACGUUUAUCAUCUUCUGUUUACUCUUAGAAAACACUUUCUAACAUCAUUUUAUAAUGAGGUCUUAUAUUAUCUCGCAUUUGUACAACGGUACCAGUGGCUAUGAGGAUAGCAUGGGUGUGUAACACAACCUUGCAUUCCAACCGGCCUUGGUUCGAUCCCCGAUGACAUCGUUUGGACUUUUUUUUUUAGGAUGCAAACCCAAAAGAGAUGAAGAAUGAAAGAAAGGAAAAGGAGUCUGCUCCCAUACAUACAAACAAUUUAAAGCUUUUAAAACAAAUACUUUUAUUUACUCAUUUGACCCUUCAGCACACGAAAAAGCAUUAUUUAUGCCGAAGAAGAAUUGUUUUCUGCCAGCGCUAGUUUGGGUGUAGGGUUUGAAUAUGGAAGAAUGAAAUUUUUAAUUCCGAAUUUGGAGCCCAGUUUUAACAUUCAAAUAUGAAACCUCCUGAAAUUGCGAGUUUACAGUCCAAAUCUGGACUCUAUUAUUGAAUCUUGCAAUCUUUACUUGGUAUUUGAGUUCGGGAUCAGAAUUUUAAAUCGGAAAUAGGAACCCCAAUAAGGUUUUCUGGGUUGGCUAAUCGCAAAUCUAUAGGCUGCCCCCAGAAUCUGAACUGAUAUUGUAUUUGAGUCUGAAAACUGAUGUUGAUGCUUCAGUUGGUGUUUGAAUCUGAAGAUUUAAACCGAAAUUCGGGAGGAUUUAAUGGAGGAUUUUGUAAUCAGAAUACAGAAUCUGGAUUUUAAUUCAAAUUUAAAGACACAAUUUGGUUUCGGCAUCCUAAUUAAAUAUCGUAAUUUGAAAUCCAAACAUUUUCAGAUUCUGAACUUGGAACCUUUUUUUUUUUUUAUCUGUAUUAUUAGCGACUUUCAACUCAUUUGGCUGGUUCGUCACUUUUUACUUCCAUUUUUGGAAGAAUGUCGGGAGUGAGAAUUGAACUCGUGACCUUAAGCGUGAGAGGCAUGGAUGUUACCACUACACCAGAUCGCCUCCACUAACUUGGAAGCUGUACUUGAUAUAUGAACGAUGAAUCUGAACCUAAAAGCAGAAUAUAAAAUCGUUGUCUGAAAUCUGAAUCUGGAAAAUAAAUUUGGAAUUUGGAACAUCCCAAUUUUAGUGAUCUGAAUCUUGAAAAGAGGAUCUGGAAUCGAGGAUCUUCAAUCGGAGUCUAUAAGCAGAUUCUGAAAUCCGUAGUCAGAAUUACUGAAUUUCUUCGUCAUUUUGAAUAAUACUUAGUUGGGAUUCUGAUGCCAAAAACAUGCCUUGAAUGUAUUGUAGAACCCCUCAAAUGUCACACGAAAAGAGUUUGUCCGAUUGAGAACUCUUUUGUCAUUUUCAAGUGAAACAGAUUUCAGUCGAUCGCAUUCAAGAAUCUCCACAAUUUUAAGUGAGGAGUUCUUGAAGCGACCGACACCAUCGAGUAUCUCUUUUCGAGUCAAACCCUUUUCGUUUAUUACACCGUCUAUUUCAACGUUGCAACAGGGUACGUAUACGCGAUACUCAAUCGCAAAGAGAUCACAGUGCGUUAUUGCAUUCGCAUGGGCCCUGCUGGAGACGACAACUCGUGAAUUGUCUGGCCCCAUCCGAGUAAUUUCAGUAACAUUGGAAAAAUUCUGCGUUGAUUCUUUUGAGAUGCAAAUGACAUUAAGAGGUUUGGAUUUUCGUCUAAAGUAUACAAUGAACGGACCUUUGAAUCCCUCAUGGUAUUCCUUUAGACGAAAAUCAUGUUUUUCCUCAAUUUCCUCAUCUUCAGAACUUUCUACUUCAUGCACAGAAUUUUCCUCCUCAACGUCUGCUUCAUCCUGCUGCUCUUCAGGAGGUGGGUCAGCAUCAGAAACAUUCAAUGACAUGGAUGGGGGAUCCUCCCCGCCCUCAGCCAUAAUAAUAAAUCAGUCACCCGUUCGAUGUAUAAAAAAAUAAUUAAAAAAUAAAAAAUAAAUUAGUAAACAAAUUAUAGAAUUGUAUUUCUAUUCAAGGUAUAUAUAAAUUAUAUUUAUUUCAAUUUUUUAUUGUAUAAAAUUCAAAAAUGAAAAAAAGUUUCAAAAAAAGUUCAACGGUAAUGUAAGAAAAUUGGACACCCCUAAUGCCAACGCUUGUCGAUUUGGUAAAUACAAUGUUGGACAAUGGUGUAAAUCGUACACAGGAGGUAGAAGGAAUGAUAAAUGGAACAAUAGAAAAAUAAACUUCUAUUUGCGGCUGCUGUGUAGCGUGUGAUGAAUGUGUGUACUGAACAGGAUCCUCAGCUUCUCGAUCGUGCACCACUUUUUAUUGAGCUCGCUUCACUCGCAAUCUGCGUGAAAAAAAAACACCGUUAUCGGAUCGAUGAUCAAACUUGUCCGAUCAGCUCGCGAGUUCUCGAACGAGCUCAUUGUAUCAGGUUCUUCUUGAUAACCUCAUCCAAGUUGGGCUUUCAAACGGUUUUACACCUUUUUCGACAAAAAAAACAGUUCCGUCCUCGAAUUAGAGUUAAAUUAAGGAAAAUGGGAAGAAUAGACAUUUUCCUAUCGUGUUCUUGUGGCCGAGUAUGUAUGAGGGAGGUACAAUAUUCAAAUAUCACUGCUAAUAGGACAGCCGUAAAUUGGUCGCUCGAAGUGCAAUUGCAGCUGUUGGCAACACUUGCCUGAACGCACCUUCCAAUUAGAUCAGCCUUUAGCCAACACGUACUUUCAGUGACGGGUAGACCAAUACGUCACUGGGUGAGUAGAAGGAAACGUAAAAAACAAUAACACAGGUCAACAAUUGAAUUCAUCGCUUAUGCAUUGCUCCUGGAAAUCUUAAGAACUGUAAAGUGCUUAUAUUCUAUUAAUCUUAAACUUCAAGAGACGAAUGAACUCUCAGAGUUUAAAGUCUCUCUAAUUCAAUACCUUCCUUCCUUCCUAAUCUUAAAACAACAUCUUAAAUUUAACUAUCUAAAGCGUCCAAUAGGUAAGAGAUGACAUUUGUACUAAAAGGUACCUAAACCUAAACCUAAACUAACUAGGACUAGGACUUAUUACAUAAUUACAAACUACGACUACGGCUACGACUACGGACUACGACUAGAAACUACGAUUAGAGACUACGACUAGGGCAUACGACUAAACCUACUGAAGAUUUAACGCUCGGGAACUCAUUAAAUUGGGAAAAGGGAAAACUAAACGUAAGUCUAAAUCUACUACUUAUCUACUUCCGUACCUACCUGAUGAACAAAAUAGUUAAUAAUUAAAAUUGUAACAGGAAAUUAUAUUCUCGCAAAAUUGGAUCACACGACUUUCAUUCAAUUCCAACAAUUCGAGAAUUAUAAAUUCGGAAACUUCCCGUUGAAAUUCAUUUCAACAGCAGCAUUCACUCUACGGACAAUGUGGAUAGAGAUAAGACCUUAGCUCAUCCGUAUUCUAUUCAAUGAGUACAAACAAGCCAGUCGCGAUUUCAAAACCCAGUAUUCACAAUUCGUCAGUCAUAUAGCUAGCGACCGGACGGCAGCGAAUCUUUAGAACAACCUUUCCCAAGACCGAGUGUUUAGGCGAGUUUUCCAAUUUGGUCUUUUUCAAGGCUAGAGGCGAAUGCAAUUCAAAACAUUAUCAUCAUCAAUGAAGCGAUCUCGCUUCAGCAAUCAAACAGCAGCUUUUCUCAAUGACGUCAGCUCACAAUUGUUUUGCUCGAUUCCAGAAAAGAUUCUUCUUCUUCUUCUUUUUGGCUUUAAACUUUUCAAUUCAUUCGCCUCUAAAAGAAAGAUUGAUUGAUAGAUAGCGCACUGUAUGGUGUAAUUUUGUUCGGUGUGGGCACCGCGUCGAUUUGCAUGCCGUCUGGUGAAGAGUGCCUCUGUAUUUUUGCCUCACAUUAUAUUUGAAUCUGUACUGGGGUGUAAGUUUAAAAUUCCUGCAACAAGAGCGCUACGUUUGGGGUGCAAUGUUCCGCGCGUUGACACCUCUUUGUCAGUUGUACAAAGUGGUAUGUCAAUCACUUCAUUCGAAAGAUGAAAGGUGUAUGAGUAAUGCUGUUUACUAAUUGAUCCAAAAACUAGUUUAAAUAUCUCAAAACUACUUCGAAAGCAAACUAUUGAAAUAUCAACGAUCUAUAAAUAUGCUUGAAAAUCCAACUUAGUUAAGAUUUGUCGAUGCAUGAAGUUGGCUGUCGGUGAAAGUUCUCUAAAUAUUGUGCUCGCCCUGGCCAAUCUCAGUUUCUAUAUUGCCAAUGCAUCUUCAGAAUAUGCGAGAAGCAAGCAUAGUGUAGAGCGGACUCAAAGCAGAAGAUAACUUUUAAAUAGGACUUACGUCGUUGAUUAUCAUACCGUGGAGAUUGUACGAAUUGUUGAUUUUAUGCUUUAUCGAAUAGACAACGGUAGUGGGGGCAAAUAUAUAAUCGCGUUGAAUCGUACUGUAUGUAGUACGGGAAAAAAUGCCGCGAUACACACUGAAUGCGUUACGUGUAUUGUUCUGAGUGCAUGUACUGUUCUCGCGAGAACAAGGAUGAAUCAUGAAUCGAUAAUUUUCAGCUACGUGUAUAUAACAACCCAAACCCAUCGGACCUUUUCUGGGUCACUAAAACUUCCGACUUUAAGAAUUUUCGAUGCGUUCUAAAAGUCUAUCUCAUAUUUAUGUGUGCCUGAAGAGAGCUUCUGUGAAUUCAGUUGUUGUUUUGAAUUGUAGAGAGUUUCUCCGUUUGUUCGCCUCUAGCCUUGAAAAAGACUAAUUUGAAAUACCAAACUCAACAACCCGGCCUUGUGAAACACUAUUUGCAAAGCCUUGCUACUUAGAUGACUGAUAAAUCAUGAAUGAUUAAUUUGUGAUUUUUCCAAUCGAUCAUGCAACUUUCGUGAUUUCAUUGUGAGAUUGAAAGUGACGUAAGGUAUUUUUCAACGUUGAGAGUUGUGUUCUUCGGUGAAAAACUGAAGUUUAAAUUUUGUUCCGAUGAUAUUGUUUCCGCUCCCACAGCUACCACAUAAUAGGUUCGGUUCGGAUUUUCUGUUACCGUUCUGCGUCUGCUGUGAUGUUUCGUUCUGGGUUGGAAAUGUAGAUUUGCUAGGAGAUACUGAAAGAAGUCCAGUAUUCCAGUUUCAGUGAUCUGGACAGCGAGCAAUCAACAGUACAUGUUGCUUAGAAUUAAUUUGACAAUCUACUCUAAUUGCUUCGCGAAGCGUUCGCGCUCCUUACUCAAUGAAAGCUUUCAUUUGUCGGCCCCUGUCAUUGGUGUCAAGUAUUUGUAUCAAAGAGUUUUAUUAUUCGAUUUUUUCAAUGUUUGUACUCGCCGGCAAUAAUUGAGUAGUUCUUUUGUUAAAAGUGCGGUCGUGAUUUUUGUUUGCGGCCCGCGGCACCAUGACUAAUCCGUCUUUGUGGUCCCCAUGAAAAAGAGAGUGAGUACCGCUGGGUUAAACGAUUUGAAAACGCUGUAAACAUGGAGGAAACUAUAAUUUUGGAAAAUAUUCUAAUUGGGAUAAAGGGUGUGUCACAUCAAAUUGCAUCACGGAAAAAACGCUGUAGAAAUUCGCCCAGUAGACCGAUCCUUUUGAAAAUUUUAGACAGUAAAAUAAAAACUAAUAAACAACUUUUGGCAUUUUCUUUUUAUUCAUACUUCGAGCCCGUAUGCUCGCACCUUCCUCUUUACCCCGUCCAUGAGGUUCUGUACAACGUCAGGUUGUAGUUUUUUUUGAACAGAAAUCCAUUUUCUCUUGAAGUCCGCCUCCGAUUUGACAACUUUUGGGUUCUUCCGGAGGGCCUGCUUCAUAAUCGCCCAAUAUUUCUCUAUUGGGCGAAGCUCCGGCGCGUUGGGCGGGCUCAUUUCCUUUGGCACGAAGGUGACCCCGUUGGCUUCGUACCACUCCAACACGUCCUUUGAAUAGUGGCACGAAGCGAGAUCCGGCCAGAAGAUGGUCGGGCCCUCGUGCUGCUUCAAUAGUGGUAUUAAGCGCUUCUGUUGGCACUCCUUAAGGUAAACUUGCCCGUUUACCGUGCCGGUCAUCACGAAGGGGGCGCUCUGCUUUCCGCAAGAGCAGAUCGCUUGCCACACCAUGUACUUUGGCAAACCAUGGCAAACUUGGAUAGUUUCUGUAUGCGAAUCUCCUCCGGAACGCUGAAUUUGUCCUCUGCGGAGAAGAACAACACGCCCGGCAGCUGACGAAAGUCCGCUUUGACGUAGGUUUCGUCGUCCAUUACCAGGCAAUGCGGCUUCGUCAGCAUUUCGGUGUACAGCCCCCGGGCUCGCGUCUUCCCCACCAUGUUUUGCCUUUCGUCGCGGUUAGGAGCCUUCUGAACCUUGUAUGUACGCAGGCCCUCCCGCUGCUUGGUCCGCUGGAUGAAUGAACUUGACAAAUUCAGCUUAUUGGCGACAUCCCGGACCGAACUUCUCGGAUCACGUCUAAACUGCUUAACUACGCGCUUGUGAUCUUUUUCACUGACGGAGCAUCCAUUGCCGUUCUUCACCUUCCGGUCGAUGGUUAGGUUCUCGAAGUAUCGUUUUAGUACUCUGCUGACCGUGGGUUGGACGAUUCCCAGCAUCUUACCGAUGUCCCGAUGUGACAACUCCGGAUUCUCGAAAUGAGUGCGCAGGAUUUAUUCAUGACGCUCUUUUUCGUUCGACAUUUUUCCAAAUUUACGAAAAAUUGACAGUGAAGCAUGGCCAACGUGACCUAUACACUCUUAUCUGAUUAUAAGCGAAAGCUGAAGAUAUAAUUCCUAAAAAUUAAAUUUCUACAGCGUUUUUUCCGUGAUGCAAUUUGAUGUGACACACCCUUUAUGUUCUUAUUUUGACGCCAUUUCCGACUAUGCACUUGCAAUAUCAACAGAACUUGUGUUUUUAGAAAGAACCCAGACACUCGUUCAUCAAUUUGUGAAAUAUUUCGCAUACUGAUGGAAUAUUUCAAAGCAUUAAUGUGUUGAAGGGUUGUAUAGCCAAUCAGGAACAUGUCUCGAAACGUGAGGUUACAUAAUUUAUAUGUUCAGAAAAAUGAUCUGUACAGCGAAUCAUUCACUCAAUAUAGUCUUGAUUCCACAGGCUGUAUGGUAUGCAUUGUCAUUUUGUUGAAUACAUAUAUAUCACCUAGAUCAAACCGUAGACCUUGCGUCGCAAUAUCGGACGCCAUGUAAAAUAACAUGAAAUGUGUAGGAGUGAGAAUUAGCUCCUAGAAUGAGUUUCAUAGGAAGUAGGAGUCCGACAACGGUCCAUGUGCAUUCCCUCAAACCAUAUUCAUUUUUAUGACGCUGCAGUAUCAGUGAUAGUUGUGAUAUUAAACGUUAAUCAACUGUUUAUCCGUUGAUCUUUGGGUAAUCACCACCUCAAAACCCCCUCAGCGAGUCAUUCCGAUGAAAAGUGAAAAUCACAUACACAUAAAAAAAGAGAUCGAACAUUCGACAGAGAAUCACGUCGCAUCGCAGCAAUUCCGACUGCAACAGGGUAUUAGUAUCGUAAGCAAUUGUAGCCAACUAACUUGAGUGGUAGCUCGCAAACUAAUUGAGCGGGCGUGAGCUACAAAGUAACACACACCAUAGCCUAGGGUGGAGCUAGCAAACUCCCUUUCUCAAUGAAGAAAAAGGGGAACGAGUGGAAAUCUAGUUGUUGAUAGCAUUGUAAAAUAUUCUUUGUGUCGAGUCGUACACAUAACCAUUGUUCUGUUUGAUAUUCGCAACCUACGCUAAGGAUAUGAGGUAAGUGUAAAAAUGGUAGACUUAAGGUGCAACAUUCCACUAGAUGUUAAGAUGAACAAAUCAUAUUGAAUGUAAUUAGGAAAGGAGAGAAACGAUACGAGCAGGAUCAAAUGGUUUGAGUUAGGUGUGAAAUUGUUGGUAAGCUGUACAGAAUGGUUGUUGUUGAGCCAAGCAAACUAUUUUUAAACUAUUCUUUGGAUAACUAUCAUCUUCAUGGAAAACAAAAACAAUCAGAAAUAUAACAAACAAAAAAAGCAAUGAGAUUGGCAGUCAUAAACAAUCAUGCAUAGCAAGUAAACAAACAUAAAGAAAUAAUACAAAAAACUGCAUCACAACACAAAGCAAAAAACAAUAAAAUCUAAAAAAAGUAAACCGUAUUACAUGUAUGAGAAGUGCCAUUUUAUACACGCCGCUAUCGUUAGUUGUCGUGCGGAGAAAAAAAAAAAGUACUUAAAAGUAAGUGUAAACGUAUUUUUCGAAACCCAUAUUUGUUAUCUUUUGGAUAAGGAGAUUACAACAAAAUACAACAGAAUAGAACAAAACGCAACGGUGGGUUUCUUGCGAAAUAUGGUAAUAGCAGAAUUGCGACUGAUCUAAAUCUGUAACAUUUUCAGCAAAACAAAUGAUGAAAUGUGAACUAAGCCAAGCGUAACACUAAAAUUUACUCUCCAUCUUGAUAGCGAAACAACACACGCAUACAAACAACUGAUAAGUGUAUAUUAUUUAGUGGAAAACAAAACAAGAAAGAAGAGCAAACGCUAUCUGAAAUCGUAAGUAUUUUUAUGUAUCUCCUUAGGGCUCUCUGGCAGAUAGAUAGUGGGCUCGUGUAUUGUGAACAAUGAAAUAAAACUUAUCACCAAGUAUCGCCAUUCCAUUCCUUUUUCUCCGUGAAACACAAGAACUGAAAUUUAAGGCUUCUCUCAUUUAGUGGGCGAAACUCUCACUUCAAACUUCAAACGACUGCUCAAGAGGAGCGAGUUUGUUACACAAGAAAA